AUGUGUGUUGCCCCGCAGAACUCCAGCAUGAAGAUCUUCCUGCUGUUGGCAAUGAUCGUGGCCUUUGUUCUGCUGCCAACCCAUGGGGAUUGGAGAGAUUUUGGAAACAUGGUUAAGAAUCUAACAGGAAAGCAUGCAGUAGCCGAUUAUGGCUCCUAUGGUUGCUAUUGUGGCUUUAAAAGCAAUGGACCCCCCAAGGAUGCAACAGACUGGUGCUGCUUUGAAAAACACUGUUGCUACAGCAAGCUGAAGAAAAAGAAAUGUGAAACCAAACGUCUGAGCUAUAAAACUGAUUACAAGUGGAAACAAUUCAUCUGUGUCGAUGUGGACUCGUGUAAAAAACAACUGUGUGAGUGUGAUAAAAAGGCUGCCGUCUGCUUUAAGAACAACAUUCGCAGCUAUAAUAAAACGUACCAAUUCUACAAAAGGACGAACUGCAAGGGCAAGGAGCCCCAGUGUUGA